AUGGCAUCAUACAAUGAGGAUCAGACAUCCCUGCAUAAUAUUAAACAUAUAAUGUUAGUUCUAUCGGGAAAGGGCGGUGUGGGCAAGAGUUCGGUUACUACCCAAACUGCUUUAACACUAUCCGCACUAGGAUAUAACGUCGGAAUUUUAGAUAUAGAUUUGACGGGACCCUCCUUGCCUCGUAUGUUUGGCAUGGAAAAUAAGGUAGUUUAUCAAUCGAACGAAGGAUGGCUGCCAGUUUCGGUCCCUACAGCAGCGGAGUGUGGUUCUCUGUAUUUAAUGUCUCUGGGAUUUCUGCUGAAUAAUAGAGGAGAUAGUGUGAUAUGGAAAGGACCGAAGAAAACUGCAAUGAUUAAGCAAUUCAUUAAUGAUGUAAACUGGGGUAAAUUAGAUUACCUACUAAUAGAUACUCCUCCGGGAACUUCUGAUGAGCAUAUAUCUAUCGCUGAGGAACUUCGUUACGCAAAUCCUGAUGGUGCCAUUCUUGUAUCAACCUCACAGGAUGUGGCCCUUGCUGACGUGAAAAAGGAAAUAAACUUUUGUAGAACGGUAAAUCUGAGAAUGAUAGGAAUGGUUGAAAAUAUGUCAGGUUACGUUUGUCCGCAUUGUAGUGAGUGUACGGAUAUAUUCUCUAGUGGAGGAGCUAAGGCACUCGCAAAGAGCUGUGAUAUUCCGUAUCUUGGAAAAGUUCCUAUUGAUCCCAGUUUUGUUCAACUAAUUGAAAAUCAAAGUAAUGAGAAGAAGACACUGAUCGAACUUUAUAAGGAAUCUGCAAUGCAUUCAAUUUUUAAGGACAUUACUCAACGUAUUUUGGAAAUGGGAAUACCGUCCAGAUGUUAA